AUGGCGGCCGCGACGGCGGGCCCGGUGUUCUGGAGGCGGCUGCUGGGCCUCCUGCCUGGUCGGCCCGGGCUGGCCGCGCUGCUGGGGCGCCUGUCCGACCGCCUGGGCAGGAACCGGGACCGCCGGCGCCGCAGGUCACCAUGGCUGUUGCUGGCUCCCUUGCUGUCCCCUGCGGUUCCCCAGAUCACCUCACCGCCUUGCUGCCUGUGUCCCGAGGGUGUGCACAGGUUCCAGUGGAUCAGAAACCUGGUUCCAGAGUUCGGAGUCUCCAGUUCCCACGUCAGGGUGCUGUCUUCCCCGGCAGAGUUUUUCGAGCUCAUGAAGGGGCAGAUAAAAGUAGCCAAGAGACGGGUCGUGAUGGCGUCCCUCUACCUGGGGACAGGUCCUCUGGAACAGGAGCUGGUGGAUUGCCUGGAAAGUACGCUAGAAAAAUCUCUCCAAGCAAAAUUUCCUUCUGACCUCAAGGUCUCCAUCCUCUUAGACUUCACGCGGGGCUCGAGAGGCAGGAAGAACUCGCGCACAAUGCUGCUCCCGCUCCUGCAGAAGUUUCCAGAACAGGUCCGAGUCUCCCUCUUCCACACGCCAAACCUCCGUGGUCUCCUGAGGCUCUUUAUCCCCGAGCGCUUCAACGAGACCAUCGGUCUCCAGCACAUUAAGGUGUACCUGUUUGACAACAGCGUGAUCCUGAGCGGUGCGAACCUGAGUGACUCCUACUUCACCAACCGCCAGGACCGCUACGUGUUCCUGCAGGACUGUGCGGACGUCGCCGACUUCUUCACGGAGCUGGUGGAGGCCGUGGGGGACGUGUCCCUGCAGCUGCAGGGGGAUGACACGGUGCAGGUGGUGGACGGCAUGGUGCACCCUUACAAAGGUGACCGGGCUGCAUUCUGCAAGGCAGCCCACGAGAGGGUCAUGGGCGUGAUCAACUCAGCCAGGGUUCGCCAGCAGCAGCUGCACGCCCAGACCUUCCACGGCGACCCCCUGCUGACCCAGGACGCAGCAGCAGCUGGUGACCGCAGACCAGCCCCCGACACCUGGAUUUACCCUUUGGUCCAGAUGAAGCCCUUUGAGAUUCAGAUCGAUGAGAUUGUCACAGAGACCCUGCUGACCGAGGCUGAGAGAGGCGCUAGGGUCUACCUUACCACUGGCUACUUUAACCUGACCCAGGCCUACAUGGACCUGGUCCUGGGCACACGGGCCGAGUAUCAGAUCCUGCUGGCCUCGCCGGAGGUGAAUGGCUUCUUUGGGGCCAAGGGGGUGGCCGGUGCCAUCCCGGCAGCCUAUGUGCACAUCGAGCGACAGUUCUACAGUGAGGUGUGCAGCCUGGGGCAGCAGGAGCGGGUCCAGCUGCAGGAGUACUGGCGUAAGGGCUGGACGUUUCACGCCAAAGGCCUCUGGCUGUACCUGGCGGGGAGCAGCCUGCCCUGCCUCACGCUCAUUGGCUCUCCUAAUUUUGGGUACAGGUCAGUUCACCGGGACCUGGAGGCCCAGAUCGCCAUUGUGACCGAGAGCCGAGCCCUGCAGCAGCAGCUCCACCAGGAGCAGCAGCAGCUCUACCUGCGGUCAGGCGUGGUGUCCUCCGCCACCUUCGAGCAGCCCAGUCGGCAGGUGAAGCUGUGGGUGAAGAUGGUGACGCCGCUCAUCAAGAACUUCUUCUGAGGACAGACAGGGAUGGCCUUGAUGAAGAUGACGGGCAUGGCUGGCGUCAGCUCCUUCAGCCGCGCUUCCGCGAUCACGCCCGUCUGGAUGUCCCAG